AUGUCAGACCAUAUGGUAGCACAGUACAAACGACCUAAUAAAGUGAGGCCGUAUGGUUGUCCGUUUGCUAUUCCGUUCAACCCAGCCAACGACCACGAGCUGGUCGCCUCCCUCCUCCAAUCCCUCUUCACCACAGAAAAGACCGGCCCAGCACUCAAAGCCCAUGUUGAAAGCAUCGUCCACCCAGACAGCUGGACCUCCCAUCUUGCUCAGCACCUCCUGGAUGGCCUGGUCCACGCCCUCAAUUCUAAUGCCCAGAUGGGAGGAGCAAUGAAGGAAGCCUUCGACCGCGCCAGCGCUGCCACGGAGCUCUUCGUCCGCGAGCACCCUAUCUUGGUCGGUGUCAUAGCCACAGUCGUCGCCCUCGGCAUCCUGGCGCUGCUUGUUCCCUGGGCAAUCGAGCCGUUGGGGUUCGCGGAGUUGGGUCCGAUUGAAGGCUCUUGGGCGGCUUUGUGGCAGUCUACGUUCCCGGAUGUGACUGCUGAUUCGUGGUUUGCCUUCUUCCAGCGGCUGGGCAUGACUUUGGGGAAGAAGUGA